CAGGACAAGCAUGGAGAUGGAAUGUUCAGCAAGACGCUUCGAAUUUCACUCAGCCGAGUUCCAUCGACGAGAACUCGGCGUCGGAAUACCGUAGUCAUCAAGAGAUCGAGAUCAUGGGGCCGCCGCGCAACGUGAGAGUUCAAGCAACGGUUGAGGGUUACUUGGUCACUUGGGAAGCACCCGACUUAGGCAAGAAUCAAGUUAGACUUUACACUGUGAAAUGGUACAGAGGACCAUCCGAUCAUUUAUACGGCAGAGCAGAACAACAGACACUUAUUAUCUAG